AAUUAAAUGGAAAAUGUCGAUUUGACUCCUCCUAUCUUCCGUGGCCAGAUCUUGUGAACAAAAACAAACGAAAAACAGUGACGCAAAGCCCUCUUUUUAAAAAACAAUCUGGUUUCCGGAAGUAGCGAUAAAGAGUUAAGAAACGAGACUCCUUUGUUACGCGUUAGUAAUCUAGUAACGUUGCAUUAAGUCGUAAACAGCUCUGGUAAAUUAAAGCAAAUACCAAGAGCUCCACCGUAGUGAGCGGAUAUUUUUUUUAAUUAGCAUUUUUGUUCUUAAUUAUAACUAUGGCUAUAACUAAUAACGUUUAGCUUCGUAAUGGUUAGAUUAAACUAAUUCAGAACUUGUGUCACGCAUAAACUGUUCGUCCCUUCUCAUGGCAGCCUCUUAGCUCUGUCUGGGUGUAAUGACAUGACCUGUACAUAACAAAUGUUAUGCGGGGAGAAAGUCUCAGGAAAGUACUGGGCGAGUGGCAAGUCAGCUAACAGACUGUGUGUUCAAUGGACAGAGGCAGCGAAGACGACGAUGAACAUCGUGGUUGCCAUGCAGCCAGCACGGAAGACGGAGAGGUGGAGGUUACACCUGCAUGCAGCCUUUCAGGUGGAGUUUCAGAAAUUUUGGCCCACGGAAUCUGGGGACUUUUGAAUCAGGAAGAAGAGAGGAUGACUGGUCCCACUAUGUUUGGAGAGCAGGGAGAUGUUGUUGAUCCCCCGUCUGUGUCUCCCAUCAGCCUCAUGGAUACCUGUGCUCCCUCCAUAUCCACCCUUCCCUCCUGCUCAUACUCCUCUAGCCGUCACACCGACUUUUCCUCAUCAUCUUCAUCUUCUUCUCCCUUGUCCUUGUCUCCACCCUUGCCUCCUUCCGUGGAGCUUUCAGCAGUGUUGACUGAUACAAGAUUGACCCUGGAUGUGUACCGGGGAGGUGCAGCUGCAUUGCCCCUCCUGUGGGAGUCCAUCCCAGGGCAGCUGAAGGGCCUUCAGUACCUGAGGUUGGGCUCUGAGGAUAAAGCAGGGCUGGAUGGUGCACUGGAUGUCCUGUCCCAUCUGACAGGGCUACGAUCACUGGCUAUUCGGGGACACUGUUUACAUGACUCAAGAGGUGACCCUCUGCCUGGCCUCCUCACCACGUUGCCAGCAUCUGUUUCCUCACUUUCCCACCUGGUGCACCUGGAUCUCUCCUUCAACCAGCUCUCCUGUUUGCCAUCCUGUCUGCUUAGCCUUCCCAUGUUGUCCUCGUUGCUCCUCUGUCACAACCACCUCUUGGCUUUGCCCCCUGAUAUAGGCCAGCUGUCCUCCCUCACCUACCUCUCCCUCCUGGGGAAUGAGCUGGUGUCUCUCCCCCCAGGUCUGGGUCAGCUGAAAGCACUACAGACUCUGGAUGUGUCAAAUAACCUCCUCCAGGAGCUACCUGAUGAAAUUGGUUCACUGGAGGAGCUUGUUAAGUUGGAAUUGUCCCAGAACAAGCUAAAGCAGCUACCAGAGAGCAUGGGCUCUCUCUUUUCACUCAGGGAACUUGUCAUCUACAGCAAUGACCUCCGUCUGAUCCCACUCUGUCUGAACAAACUGCCUCUGCUUAAAAUAGACGUCCGUGACAAUCCCCUGGGACGACCUCCAACGCCUCCUCCUCUCUCUCCUACACCUGAUGAAGCAGAAACAAAACUCCCAGAACUGCACAUUGGGUUUAAUCAGCACAGUUUCUGCAUUUCGUCUGCCGGGUGUCAUGUGUUCCUCCCAGGGGGGGCUGAGCUGGUGUUCCCCCCAGGAUGCAUAGUGACAACCACAAAACUGGCCUGGGCCGAGAAGAGGCCACAGCGAAAGUGGGUACAGCUGGAGGAGCAUGAGAUCCUUCUUAGUCGUCCACUGGAACUUCGUCCUCAUGGAGUCACAUUUUUAAAGCCUGUGGAGGUAUGUGUGCCAUAUCACCGGACAAAAAGAAAGGAGGUGGUGGUGCGGACGUUUGAUGGACAGUCAUGGAGCACUUUGCCCACUGAGCUAAGGAGAGGAAGUGAGAGCCAUAGCAGUCGCCCUGGGGGACGUCCAGCCAGGCUGGCGUGCUGCUCAGUGAACCACUUUUCCUGGUUUAUGGCAGUGUCUCGCCCAGUAAAGGACAGCUGCUCUGUCACACCAGCCGGAUGCUUACUGGUGUCGAGCGCUGAUCCUGGAGUAAAGCUUCACUUUCCUCCGGAUUCCACAGUGGACACUCGCACCAUCACUUUACAGGUGUUGCAGGUGUCUAUGUCAGACGUCCAGGUGCUGUGCGGUGAUCCUCAGGCUAGAGUCAGCCCCCUACUUUGUCUCUCCCAGACUUCCAGCAUGCAUUUCCUACAGCCAAUCAAAGUUCAGAUUCCCCUGCCAUCUGGCGUCACAGGCCAUACAGUUGAUAUGUCCUGUUUGCAUCUGCUCCAUGGAGAUCCCACUGCCCAAACCUGGACUGACAUCACAGCACAAGUCUCUCUCUAUGUUACCCAUUUGUAUGCCAUUUUCUACAUUACGCAUUUCUCCUGGUACUGGCUCUGGUAUACUACACAGCGCUGCGUCAGUGGGGUGGUCAGGAAGAUCUACCAGAGGCUAAAACAGUUCAAAGUCCAAUUCCUGGUCCUCCAGAGGAAGACUGAUCCUUCACAGGUUCUGCUGCAGUGCUUACCUUCUAACAAGGUAGAGAGCAGAAUGCAGUCUUUGUCAGAGCAAUAUGAUGGACCCCAGCCUUCAGACCUGUGUGACCUGCUGGAAGGAGAGCAGUUCUUUGCUGGCUUUGAGAGGGGCCUAGAAAUCAGCACAGACAGACCAGACUGUGUGGGGGGGAAGACUCUGUUUCGAGUUUUACUCCAGCCUGAAGAAUCUGAAGGAAGUGUAUAUCUGUUCAGCACAGGGUCAGAAGGGACCAGUGAGGGGGCAGGUGUCCUUUUAUAGAGGGGAGAUUCCCAGCAACCUGCCAGAGGAAGUGGCCAGAAAGAGGAAAGGACCCGACAGCCAGUGGCUUACAACUUUACCUCUAAGACUUCCUGCUCUAAACUCAGAGAACAGUUUCAUCAUGGAGGAGGCCGAGUAUCCUCCUCUGAACCUGGGUGACCCUGAGAGUGGCUACCUGACAGAAGCCAACCUGCUGUCCAUCUCUCUUCAGAUAGCACAAGACUGGCGUGUUAUUG